AAAGGCCAGUGUCAUCUACAUCAGGACAAAGGAAUAUUUAUAGUAUUAGUAAAGGAGAGUGUGGAGUGUUUCUCUGCUAGCAGAAGCUAACUGUUAGCAUUAGCACGUCCACCACGUGGUAGAACACGUUCAGGCUAGUCAUUAGUGGAGACAAAACAUCAACGAUGCAACUUUUAUCCAAAGAAGAAGAGCAAGCGGAGGCAGCAGAAGAGUUACGAUUCUGUUAGCCAGUCAGAGGAUACAUCAUGGAUGUUAAUGAGUGAAACACCAAUCCCUGUUGUUUCUGAUGCCCCCCAUACACACACAUGCACACACACCCACACACUCCUGUUACUACUAUCCCUUAAAACAGAGCGGGAGCUUUUUUUUACAUAUUGGAAACCACUAAAGCAUCCGCUCAUGAUAGAGACAACUUUAAAGACCAAGUUCACGUGUUUUUUUCCCCCAAUAAAUUUGGAAUGCUCUCUAGAAUGAAUGAAUGAAUCCCUUGUAAGUUGACCUUUUGGGGUCAAGUCCCCCAGUGAGUCGUGGAGGAUGGCUGCUUAUACUGAGCCAGGAUUCUCUGGAGGUUUCUUCCUGUUAAAAGGGAGUUUUCCUCUCCACUGUCGCUGCAUGCUUGCUUAGUAUGAGGAUUGCUGUAUAGUCACUGACACUAGUCAGUGACUUGAUGCAAUUUGCUGGGUUCCUUAUAUAGGAAACAUUAUUUCAGAUUGGCUUAAUGAACUGUGAAUUGGAAUGUUUAUUAUGUGAAGUGCCUUGAGACGACUCUUGUCGUGAUUUGGCGCUUUAUAAAUAAACUUGAAUUGAAUUGGUGCUCCUGUUUCAGGAAGUAGAUGUUAGCCAGAGGAGAGAGGAGCAGAAAAUGGCAGGAUUUGGAGUCUUGUUUCUUGUUAUUGAUAUAAAUUACGCAAGCCUGGAGGAGUUCUGCUGUGUGGUGAGGUUGCUAAUGCUAACGGUUAGCUUCUAGUAGAGACGUUCUCUGCCGUUUCCUGGAAGCUAAACCAAUAACAGCCAUCCCUGUUGUGAGCCAAGAUGAGUCCAUGAAUGCUAAUUUUCGGUGUGACGUAGAUCUGACUGGCUUUCCCUCAUCUAUUUUCUAUUGGCAGCUUAAAUAGGGGUAGAAGACUGUUUUCACAUUCAGUCUGCACGUGAAACUCAGAAUGACAGAUUAUUUAUCAAAAAUGAGUUUUAAAAAAACAGUUUCUUGUGAACUUGCUCUUUAAUAUUUCUCUGCAAAUACGACCCUUGUCGUGUUUAUGUUUGUUUAUUUGGCAGACACUUUUAUCCAAAGCGACGUACAAAUGUUAACCUGUAGGGCAUGUUGUGAUCUGUGGGGGAAAUCCAGAGGAAACCCACACAUGCAUGUGGAGAACAUGCAACUCCACACAGAUAGGCCACGAGUUUCGGACCUGCAACCUUCUUAUUGCGAGGCAACAGUGCCAACAACUGCGCCACUGUGCAGCCCAUCAUCAGCUGGUUUAUAUUUCCCCUAAAGCGUUGAAGAGUUAUUGGCUCUGUUGUUUCAGCUAAAUGAAACGUCUCCCAGCUCACCGCUGAUCCACAACUAGACAGAUUACCAAAGGGUCACUUCUAGAGGAGGGUGUGUGCGCAUUACAAUGGCUACGGUCCAUUAGCUUAUCAUUAGGGGGAUAGAGUCGGUGCAUAAGGCUACAGAGGAAAAAGAAAAGCUUUUCUCUCAUUUGUUAAAGAGCAAGUCACCCCCAAAUCACAUUUUUUUUUUGCUGAUAAACUAUAUAAAGGAGUGUCUAAUCAUGCUACAGACACAUUUAGUCAAUAAUUUGGCACUUCAGUGCAUCUUAGUUAAAAUUUAAAUAUUCUGCCUAAAACUGUCAGUGUUGCGCCGUUGUCAGGGGAAAAUUAUGCACUGUAUUUGAAUUUAAAUCUGCCACCGCUAUUGGCUAAGAGGUAUGCUAUGAUGUCAUCUGGUACAUUAUGAUGUCAUAAUGCCAUUGUGAGCCUGUGUGUGUGUAUUUGUUAGUGGCUCCGUCCUCUUGGUCUGCCAAGCAACAGCAUUUGUUGCAUUUUUCAAACAUGAAGUGGGAGUGAAGUAAGUUUCUUGUAGGGGGUGACUUGCUCUUUAAGGACUCAAACUAAAAUGAACAAGACCAUGAAACUCUGGAUUAGACCAGCUGAAUGAAAACGCUCUUCAUUUUAGUUUUGGGAUGAAAGAAACGGCCGAACGUUUCGGUUUUAAUGAUGAAGCUAGAUAUUUAUUUAUAACAACACUGAAAGUUAACGUAAAGGUUAAAAAUAUGUCCAGGAAGUCAUCUAUUCACACAUUUAGAAGUUUGGACCUGUGAAAGUCUUACCUGUGGUAGACAGAACAGCUUCAGGUGGAGAUACAGAUCCGUCCUGAGACAAAAGCAAAGUUCUGGUGCUAAUAUUAAAAUCCAGAAAGAAGAUGACCGGAAUUCAACUCCUUUCGAUAGCAGAUAACUAAUAAAUUGCUAGUAUUUGAACUGCUAUGAAAUGAGUUAUUUGAAGAUGAUGAACCCUUUUGUUUGGAACGGUUUCUCCAGUGGUCGUCCAGGUAAGACAUUUGUUGUUCGUAACUUUUCCAGAUGUCAACCGAGCUCCUUCUUUAACUCGGUUUGUUCAAAACAAACCAAAUUAGCUGUGGUGUCAGAAUUCAGACAUGAAUUUAAAAAUCUGAUGAAAAUGUGGUGAAACUCGAGAGCACUAUUUCUAAAUUUUCACCUGAAUACCUCUAAGGAAGUUUUUGCAAAGACCUAAAUUAGAAUGAACGUUUAAAAAUGUAUCGGACCCUUACUUCACAUUGUGCUCUGUGUUUUGAAAAGUUGCACAUAAAAGUAACAGGAAGAAACAGCUCGAUGCAAAAAUCUGGAGCUUUUUCCUCAAAGGGCACCAUCUACAGGCGGAAAUAAUGAAUUGCACCUUGAGCCGCUCUCCAUACUUUCUUGGUUACGGCUGGAAGCAACUAGUCUGGCCAGCCAUGUCAGUGCUUGCUUGUUGGAAGCAAAAGGCCAGGUAACGCUCCCAUUCAGAUCACCCCACCCCCUGAGAAAUCGAACCGAGCCAAUCGGUGCCGAGCAGCGUACGUCACACACCGCGACGCUCCGUUUCUCAUAAACAACGAAGACGGCGUCUGUUCGCUACGGCUCUUUCCUCUUUUCUAAAUGACUUGGACACGUCUUCAAAACCACAACAAGAAGAAGCGCUAAAAGCCUUUCAUCUAAGGAAAGAUGUUUGCGCUGUCGCCAGACGCCAGCAUUGACCACAGCGUUGCACGAUACAGUCAGCGUUUCUGCCUUUUUUCUGGCUAGUCUCGCCCUUCACGGUGCCCUCUGCCUCGAGUGUGCAGACUCGUCCUCUGUGUAGAACAGACCGAGGGCGAGUCUGGCGGGCCUGGCUAGGAAGCAACGCCUGUUGCUCGUGAACAUGCGCACCUGUAACCGGGCGACGGCACUAAAAUGUUUCGUUUAACAAUCAUUGAUCCUGAAACGAUGUUUAUUUAUAGGCUCACUUGUUCGUCAGGGUAUCUGCAGGUUUAAGGGAGCCAAAUGUAAGACUUUUUAAGACCUUUUUUAAGGCCACUUUGACCAAAUUUAAGCUUGUCUUCGUCUUCCUCCGCUUAUCCGGGUCCGGGUCAUGGGGGCAGCAUCCCAACUAGGGAGCUCCAGACCGUCCUCUCCCCGGCCAACUCCACCAGCUCCUCCGGCAGGACCCCAAGGCGUUCCCGGACCAGAUUGGAGAUGUAACCUCUCCAACGUGUCCUGGGUCGACCCGGCGGCCUCCUGCUGGCAGGACAUGCCCGAAACACCUCCCCAGGGAGGCGUCCAGGAGGCAUCCUGACCAGAUGCCCAAACCACCUCAACUGACUCCUUUCGAUCCAGAUCCAAAUUUAAGCUAUUUUUUAAAUUAAUUUUAAGCUAUAAUUUCCAGCUAUUGCCUGGAACCGGUGCUAACCACGUCGCGAACGUGGGAUUAGCCAUCCAGUUACCAUUAAACUUGCACUUCUCCGUGGCGCAAGCUCCCACUAGCUUAACCAGCUAACGUGCUCAUCUAAAAAUAGCCCCCUUUCACAACCAACUGAAUGUGUACGGUUCCGCUUACGCCAACAUCGUACACAAAAAAUGCUGAAAUUCACGAAAAUGUCAUAGAAAUAAAAUAAUCUAGUUUAUUGGGUCUUUGGUAAUUUAAGACCUUUGGAAACUGUAUUUAAGGAUUAUUUGUCAUUUUUAAGGAUUUUCAAGGCCUUAAAUUUGGAAAAGUAAAUUUAAGACUUUUUAAGGACCCGCGGAUACCCUGGUUCGUAAGAAAUGCCGCUAACUCUUCAGCAGUCUGGCUACUUCUGCAAACACUCUCUGGCUUCUGUGCCAAAGCAGAUGUCUAGCUUUUGGCUAAUGCUGAACAGCGCUCAAUUCAAAAUGCAUCCGGCUCUUCUGGACGGGGGGGGGGGGGGCUUGGCAAAGAAAAUGUUGAUGUCUUGUCUACGUUGUGUCAAAGAGGGUCGGAUUUCUACAACACCCACCCAUAAUUCCUGAAAGUGGGAAAACUCCGGAUUGCAGCCAUAACUUUGUAAUGACUGCAGGUAUUUAAAUGACAUUUAAGACCACACGGGGAGACGUCAACUGUCCUCCCGGACUUUAAACCCCUACACUCAUCCAGCUCCUGCGUCCUGCUGAGAACCAGCAGCACCAGUCGUCUGAUGGCCCUCGUCUGUUUCAGCGGGUACUUUGGGUAGUCAUGGUGCCACCCCCACCCCCAACAGGUCCUCAGACUACCUAGUGAGAUUUGUGGAGGUCUGAUCAUUUCAAAAUGUCUAACCCUGAACCCAGUAGGUUCCUGUCUGUCACCAGCCGCCUGCUAUAAAGCCCGUGUUAUCUGCAGCGUUAAGUGCAAGCCACAGACGGAGGGUCAGCUCAAAGCGAGGCAGCCGAGACACCCUGUCCCGCCGGGUCCCACCGCACACAGGAAGCAGGGCUGCGUCGGGUCCCCUCUGUCUGGCCCUGGAGCCUGCCUCCACCAGCAGCGCAGGCGCUAAUGCAGGGAGACACUCAGGCAAAUUACUCUCUAAUUUCCCCUCAGGACUCCGAUGGUCCCACUGGCCCUCGAGAAUCAGACUAAGGAUUUGUCCUGAGUGAUUUGUUUUGUCUUGUCCGCCCGUAUCGCUGUCCGGUUCCUUCACUCAAGUUCUAGUUCCCUGCUCUCCACUAGUGGAGCUCAUUAAACCCACCGCGGUCAGGAGGUGGAACUUUUUAGUGUCGGAUCAUGAAAUCUCAGUUUUAUUUGAUCGGGGGUGAGUGGCAGCUUUUCACAAACGGUUUCAUUUCUAUUUAGCACCUAGUCAUGUGAUACCCAUAUUUAUGGUCUAAAGGAUCUGAUUCGAAUCUCCGCCCCGGUGCGUCAUGAUUACAGACCUGUUGCUUAAUUCUCUCCCAGCAGGGGUUUAAUUGAGUGACUCAAACACGCAGCUGAAGCUUUAUGAAGACAGUCUCUCUGAGUGGGAUCCGAGUGACAGGAUCUCCAGGGUUAUGGCAUCAGACGCCAUUUUAAGAACUCCACUUCCUGUUAAAAAUGUGUUUACUGUCACAAUGUUUUAUUUCCGUUCAUUCUAACAGAUUUAACUGAUGAGAAAACCUGUUUUUUUAUGUUUUUCGUGAUAAUUAGAAGUAUUUAUCUUUGUUGGGGUGCUUGAAGGAUGCGUUUAACGAUGCGUUGCUUUGUCAUUUCAUCAUGACUGCAGCUCCAAACCCUCAACGCGUCUCCUCUGAUUAAAAACAGGCUCCAGCAGAAUGAGUGAAAAUUAGAGCACUUUGGCUUUUUCUGUUAAAUGUUUAUGACAUUGACGCAGAACUGUUAAAAGCCGCAAAACCCAAAUACUUCGCCUCGAUGGACAGCAGGUGAGGAAUCCUGAAGGAUUCACUUGAAAUCCUGGAGGAGAGGUUUUUUGAAGCGGUGCUAAACUUUGUACCGAUGGUGUGGAGAAGAAACAAAAAUGUGCGUUCACUUUUCAUCGUUUAAUCAGGUUUCAGGACUUGAAACCAACAAGGACAAUCACGCUUUGUUUUGUAAGCAUGUGGAGCGCAUUUGCCUGUUGUGUGACGUCUCUGACUGCUUUAGCAUGCAGAUCUCCUUUCUAAACCUUUAAAAUGACUAGUUUCGACUAGCUAGCCUGUUUUAUGUUUUGCAGUAACGUUUUGAUGAUUCUCAAGACUUUGGGGAAAGUAUUCCACAAAAUUCCUAUCCCUGGAGUCAAAUUAACAGCAGCAGUGAGACAUGGCGGUGGUGGUGUGAUGGUCUGGGGCUGAUCUGAUCCAUGAAUUCUGCUCACUAGCAGAACAUUCUGAAGGAGAUCCUCUGACCUUUGACCUUAAACAGGCCCUGCUGGAAUGCCCUCCACUAAAUCCAAGCUGUAAAGAAAAGUGAGACUCCAUCUGAUUGAGUUAUUGCUGCUGACAUCAUCACUAUUAUUUGUCAUUUACAUUUUUUUCACAUGGUUUGGAUCAGUUAUUACUCUUAAAUAAAAAUAUAUUGAAUAAAACUACUUCCUGUGUUUAAUUUAGUCUGUUUUUUUAUUUAUUUACUGGUUUGAAACAAUUAAGAUACAGAAAUAUAUGCAGAAAUGAACUUGUAAUUAAACAUUAGUGAUAUAAUGGUGCAGAGAUGAAUUCAAUCAUCUCAAUCAAGAGGCUUGACUCCCAUUUCUUCCAUGGUGAAGGAAUUAAAGUCAUAAAUCAUUCAGGAGAUAACUAACUUAUCCAGAUCCAUCCAGAGGAUUUCUUGUUGAUUCAUAAUUCAGAAGCGAAUCUCUCCUCCAGUGGGGGUUUAUUUUUAGGGCUCAGUUAACUAAAUAUAACCUGUUAGUCAUGCGUCACGCAUCAGAGGUGAUCCCGCGGGUUUCUUCUCCCCUCCUGCUCCCUGGAUCAGAGGUGUUGGGUUGAGCCUUUAAAAGGAGGAGCGACCGAUGCUUCACCCAAACCGCCCCGAGUGGAGCUGCAGAGGUAAGGGGAACAGGUUGGUAGUUUCAUUUAUGCGUCAGUUUCAGUGACGUUUGCGUCACGCUCAGCGAGAAAACAAAGCCCUAGUUUGCGUAAUUAAGUUCCUCUGGUUUGAUGCGUGUUUAAAAUCAGCAAUUUUUAACCUCCAGGAGGAAACGAAAGGAGUUAAAAUGACAUUUUGGUGCACCACCUGCAAAUGUCACGUCAGCAGUCCGUGCGCGUCUCACCAUCUGCCCGAGGAGCACCGGCGCGCGGUCUGCAGGAGGUUCAGAGCCACCAAAGGAGCCUCCAAAGCUCGAAGAGACCACAUCAAUCACGAGAUCAGGAGUCUGCGCGCGCUGCUUCCCAUCAGCCAGGAGGACCAGGAGCGCCUCUCCUACCUUCACUCCAUGGCUGCCAUCUGCACUUACAUCAGGAAGUCUGUUCUCUUCCAUGGGCUCCCGGCAGGGCGGGGGUCGUGCUUCUCUGUGCCCUACGAGGCCUUCCUGGAAUCCCUGCCCGGCUUCAUCCUCGUCACCACCGCUCAGGGCAGGCUGGUCUACGUGUCUGAAAAUGUGGAUGAAUUCCUGGGUCUUUCCAUGGUCGACGUUCUACAAGGCGACACGAUUUAUGACUUGGUGGAACAUUCUGAUGUGGAGGUUGUCCGGUCCAGUCUGCGCAUUGAGAAGGAUUCCUCUACAGAGAGGAGCUUCGUGUGCUCCAUGCAGACCUCCAAGUCCUUUAAGCUACAGUACGGCAGCUGCUGCUCCAUGCUGGUCAGAGGCAGCUUCCAGCUCCUCCCUCACUCCAGCGAGCCCCUGUUUGUGGCCCUCUGCACGCCCACGGUGAAUCGCCUGACCAGGGCCAGUUCUCACAUGUGUCACGUCUUCAGCAGCAGACACAGACCGGACAUGAGCUUCAUUCAGGUCUCAGACAGUGUUUCAUUCCUUCUGGGGUUUUCCGUGGAGGAGCUGACGGGACACUCGUGGUACAGUCUGGUGCAUCCUGAAGAUCUGGCGCUGGCUGCAAAUUCCCAUAGAAGUUUAAUUCAGGCAGACGAGGGCUUCCAGGUGGAGAUGGUACUGAGGCUCCAGCACUCGGAUCUGUCAUGGAGCUGGAUCUAUAUUCGUGCUAACAAGAACUUGGAAUGCUACAACAUCAGCUGCACUAACUGCAUCAUCAGUGGAACGGAAGCCAAAUUUCUGCAGACGAGUACGAGCAGCGAUGCUUUCAGGCCAUCAGCCGCUCCAAAUCACCCACAUUCAGCUCAACAGGCGUCUGAGAAUCAGAGCUACAGCUCUAAAUGUUACAAAAGGCAGCGGACGACCAACAGCCAAAGUGAAGGAAUGGGAGCUGGAACGCAAAUCGAGUCCGAGAAAGAGAUUCAUUUUGUGUUUCGCACCUCCUACCAAGCCGAUCCCUCUCCAGUUCCCUCGGGCGAAAGCCUCGCUCUCUUCACCCCUCCCUGCAGCCCCACCUCCUCCAGCUCCCCUCUGCAGCAGGAGGAGCUCAGCCAUGACCUCCUGGUGGAUGUGCAUGAAUGCACACAUCAGCUGCUGUCCUCUCCAGAGCCCUCUCCUUCUCAUUACCCCUACCCAGGAGGGCUCACCUGUCUCCCAUCACCUACCGACUCCCUCCCCGCCACAGCAGAACAAAUGUUUCACCAGAGAGACUUUGACUCAUUCACAACACGCUCUUCUCUUUCCUCCCUAUCUCCGGUCUACAAUGAUUUCCAAGCUUGUCCAUCAGAUGCUCGAUUAGUUCCGGACUGCCUCUCCAUGUCAGACAUGUGUGAGAGCCCAUCAGAAAGUUUGUCUCUGCAUCCUGAUGAUUUUGACCUUCUUGAGCCUCCACAAGGGGGCAGUCUUGGUCAAAUGCACCACCAAGAGCUUCCCAUGCAUUCCAGUUUUCUUACACCUCACCAGUCUCCCAUGUCAACAGAGCCUAGCCAGUACAACGAGAGGGAGCAGGAGGAGAUCAGCAUCCUGGCGCAGCAGAUCUCCUCCCUAGCCAGCAGCUUCGACAUGAACCACACCCUGAACCUGCUCCAAAACAUGGCCCAAACCGCCGUCAUCGCUCCACACUCAGCCUGCACCUGUCAGCAACAUCCUCCUCUCUUCUCAGCCCCACUUCCUAAGAAACAACUGGUUAGCGAUGACUUCAUGUUUCAGAGCAUCCUCAAAGACCUGGUCACAAGAAAGAGUGCCGCUUCCUGCCCUGACAGUAUUUCGUACAGCUAUCAGCCGGGCUUGGUGAGCGGAUCCCACCAUGUGGACCCGAUCACAGACGAUUCUCUGCCAGGGGAGCAGCUCCACAUGGGCUGUACCGCUCCAGAUCCCUUCGGUUUACAGCUGGGGCUCCAGAACCAGAAUACUGGGUUGCAUCAACUCAACCACUACUUCCAGUGUCGCCUGCAGCAGGACGAACUUGCUGAAGAAAACUUGUACUGAAAUAAGUCUGUGACUUACUCUUCUACCGCAUGUAUGACAUAUUGUCAGGGCCGUCUUCCUACACUGGGUUCUAGCAGGAAAUUAGAGCAAAAAGGACAUUUUUGAGUCGAUUCUGUUUGCUGUUUUACUAACAAUUAAUGAAUGUAUAAAACAGACCGAGUCUAUUUGAAUGAG